GAAACGAUUCGUCGAAGGGCACUUACGUGGCAUUUGGUGCCUUAUGAUAGAUAGACUUGACUUUCUCUGCAAUUCAUCAUAUAAAGAAAAGAUCCUGUUCGAAUCAUCAACGGAGAGUUUCUCCUCUGGUUAGUCAUAAAAUGUCUCUCUUAAACCAAUUGUUUAAUAGAGGUGUUUUUGGUGCAAAAUGUAAAACAUGCUUGAGCUUGGCAAUCUCGCGCAUUAAAUUGCUGCAAAAUAAGAGGGAUUUGCAGCUCAAACAUAUGAGAAAAGAGAUAGCCCAAUUUUUGCAGGCUGGCCAAGAACCAAUUGCUCGAAUUCGGGUGGAACAUAUAAUCAGAGAGCAGAAUAUAUGGGCUGCAUAUGAGAUACUGGAGCUUUUCUGUGAGUUUGUUCUUGCACGCGUUCCUAUUCUUGAAAGCCAGAAGGAGUGUCCGUCAGAAUUGCGAGAAGCUGUGGCAAGCAUAAUUUUUGCUGCUCCUAGAUGUUCAGAUGUGCCUGAUUUGUUGCAGAUCAAGAAUUUGUUUUCUACAAAGUAUGGAAAGGAAUUUGUCACUGCUGCAUCUGAGCUUCGUCCUGACUCAAGUGUCAACCGUGCAAUAAUCGAAAAGCUCUCAGUUAGUGCUCCAUCAGGAGAGAUAAGGCUCAAAGUCUUGAAGGAAAUAGCCCAAGAACACAGUGUAGAAUGGGAUUCUUCUAGCACUGAAGCAGAGUUCAGCAAAAAGCAUGAAGAUUUGCUGGCUGGAUCAAAACAAGUAUGCGCUGAGGCUGCAGUUUCUCAAUCUAUUAUUAGACAAGCCUCUAUUAAACCUUCACCUUCUAAUGGGGCGAAACCUGUUCUACUUACCAAUGCUAAACAGGCAUCUCAACACCAGCAAGCUCCUGGCCCUGUGAGCAAGGCGGCCUUGUUGACUAGUAGUGAAAUUGAGCCUUCAGCCAAAAAUUGUACAGCUGGUUCAGUUAGUGACAUUAAAACAGAGACAACAUCUCGACCAUCUGAUGUCUUGGAAAGAGCUCGAGCUGCCAUUGCCUCUGCAGAGUGUGCAAUAGCAGCUGCCCGUGCAGCUGCUGAGCUGGUGAAUGUUAAAUUUGGUUCAAUGAAACUAGAAGGAACAUCAUCGUAACAUAUGGAUGAUUGGUGAUGGUUGUUCAAUUGCAUAUUCUUGUGAUAUAUAAAGGCACAUCGGCUGAUCAACAGAGGAAAGGGGCUAAAAAUAGGCUGAAGUGAAAUUUAAAUGAUUGGAAACUAGCUCUCAGUAAAAUGCUCAAAUAGGGAUUUGGAGAUGUUGAAUUAUGCUUUGAGGGAAGUUGUAAUGCUUCCAUCAUUAUAUCAUUUGUCAGAAUUAAGGGUUGAGUGAACUCCAUUUUCUCUAGACUGGCGACCUAGCUUAUUGACCAGCAUUGAAGUUCCCAAACCAGCUGUUCUGCAGACUAUAAACUUCCAAUGUUUCUGGAGUUCACUAAACGUUCUUAUGUCUUCUGGAAUGAAACUGCUUACUUUUUCCUCUAUUGUAAAUUCGUUUUUUUUUCUUUAUAUGGAUCAGUUACUAAUGCAGUUGAAUUGCUAAA